CACUCAGUUCAAAUUCGUUGACGCUGAUCGUUAAACGUACGUCGCAAGGCGAUAAAUCGAAUAGAGUGUAUUUUUUGUCGUGAUUCGUAAAACGUUUUUAUUGUCGUUGUUGUCUUUCAAUUUCACUUCAAUGUGCAGCUAAAUAUACAUAUAUGUAACAGACAUAAAAGCGCCAGUGUAAAACUACAAAACAAAAACAAAUCAACUGCAAUAAAAUAAAAUCAAAUAGAAUAAAGAGAAACGCCACGUCCAAGUAUUCUACAAAUGCAUACUCAUAAAUAAAGCGGCACACAACAUAUAAUUAAAAAUUUUAUCGCAUAGCAACUGUUGAAACAGUUCCCCAACGCAUUACAACACAUAUAUACAUAUAUAUAUAUAUACAAAUCUCUACACACUUUCUUUAAAUACAUAUCAAAUAUAAUAUUAAAAGAGCGUCAAACUAAAGCCGAGCUAAAAACUUCCAGUGCAUUUCCAAUGUAGCCCUUUAUGGUUAAUUAGCACGAGCCCGUUGUGUGACUAUAUAACAGUUUCGUGUUAAAUCUCAAAAAAGUGGCAGUUAUCAUCAAUAUAACAACACCACAAUACAACAAAACCGUGCAAAUUUCUAGCAAAAAACAACGCGGACUUUUGCGUGACUCACCACAGCCAACAAAUUUUCUGUUCCUCAAAUGGGUUGACUUGUGAUAUUUAAACUUCCUGGACCCGGGAAACAAAAGGGAUACAUUUUGAACCUCUGUACAUUUUAUCAUAUUGCCGACAACAAAAGCUGAGCUGCUACGGGACAUAGCGGCGAACCGAACAAAAGAAAACCACCAAGCUAAAGAACCACCACAACGCAACGCACUUAACCCACUCGAUAGAUUAACAAUAAUUAGUGUGCAAUUUAUAAUUGGAUUUUGAUUUGAUUUUAAUGAAACACUGCUAAAGAGCAGCGCCACCACCGAUGAACCAAACGGCCGUUUCGCUUGACAGCGUGGCCACCGUAAUCAUUAUCGACACCAGCAGCAGCAGCAUCAGCAGCAACAGCAGCCGGCAGCAUCAAUAUCCUGGCCAGGUGAUUACCAUCAAACUGGGCCACUCCUACGCCACACGUGCCGAUCUCAACUAUUGCCCACAACAGCCGCUGGGCGAGUGAAUUGUGAAGUGAAAACCAUCGCCAAAAAUCAGACUCACAUUUAUAGAUAGCCACAGCUAAAGCUAAAAAAAGGGGGGAAACCAAAUCGAUCGUGCAAAUUUUGUUUGCUUUAACCCGGUAAAAAGGCGGCUUCAAGACGGACGGAACCAUGCUAAAAGUCGUUGGUGCAUCAUGGCAAAAAACGCGGAUAGGAACGUAUAUACUGAUCGGUGCCGGUUUACUGGUGAUCGGUGCGUUCUUCAUCGGCUCCAUGGACCGUCCACAUUACGAUGGCACCUACUGUGCCACCGCCACAUGGACCAAGAAGGUUGGCUUUCGCAUCGAGAACUGGAAGCAACAAAACGAUUUGGUUAACAUACCCAAAGGCGUGGCCAGAAUAUGCUACAAGGAUUCGGUCUUUGAGAAUGGUUGGGCACAAAUUGAGGUGGAGACGCAACGAAGUUAUCCAGACUGGGUGCAGGCAUUUGCCGCUGGCAUGUUGGAGGGUUCGCUGACCUGGAAGAACAUUUACAAUCAGUGGGCCAACACAAUUUCAUCGUCCUGCGAUCGGGAUGAGAGCUCGCAAAAGUUUUGCGAGUGGCUGCGCGAACUGCUCACGCAAAACUAUGAAGAUCUGCAGGCGCAGGCGGAGGCGAAGGCCAAACACGAUCACUACUGGCAUCAGGUGCAUUUAAUACUUAAUCAGCUGAAGGGCUUGGAGACGGGCUACAUCAGAGGCGCAACACGUGCACGCUCCGAUCUGGAGGAGGAAAUUCCAUUAUCAGAUUUUCUGCUCAUGAAUGCGGCCGCUGAUAUUCAGGAUCUGAAGGUCUACUAUGAGAACUAUGUGCUGCCCAAUGGCACUGCCGAGGUAGGCAGUAAGAACUUCUUCCUGCCAAGUGCUUCGAUGCUGACGCGGAUUCUGAAACAGGAAGAGAAGCUGGCGCAGUCGUCAUCGGAGUCGCUGCAGUUGCUCUUUGGCCACAGCACCGCUGGCAGCUAUUCGUCCAUGUUGCGCAUACAGAAACGCUACAAGUUUCACUAUCAUUUUACGCCCGAUUCACGCAGCAACACAGUGCCCGGCGCGGAUAUCACUUUCACCGGUUAUCCGGGCAUCAUUGGCUCCACGGAUGAUUUCUAUGUGGUCAAGGGAAGACAUGUGCAGUCCAUUGUUGGCGGCGUUGGCAUCAAGAACGAGAAUCUCUCACUGUGGCAGGGUGUGAAUGUGACGAAUAUGGUGCCACUUGUGGUGCGUGUAAUGGCCGCCAAUCGCAUUGCCCAAGAUCGACGCACCUGGGCGCGUGCCAUGUCUCGUCAUCCGUCGACGGGUGCCAAGCAGUGGAUCAGUGUCGAUCUGAAUAAGCUUGGCUCACAGGAUAAUCUCUACAAUGCGCUCGAUGCAGAUGAGAAAUAUGAUGAUGCUCCAGUCGCUCUCAAUGAGCGCGAUAAUGCGGCCAUCAAUGAGCGACAUGAUCAGUUGAAGAACAUGGUCUGGAUUGUGGAACAGCUGCCGGGACGUAUGCAUAGUAAGGAUGUCACCGAACAUUUUCUUGUGGCCGGCAAUUCCACCUGGCUGGCCAAUGGUCUGCCCUAUUUCAAUGAGACGAUGGAGGCCAGCGGCAUCGUGCGCGAUAACAACAGCGAGGAUCAGGAUCUAACGCCCGCCGAGGAGGCGGAACUAACCAAUUUGGAGGCAGUGGAUAAAUUUCUACGCAAACACGGGUUUCGCGGCGAUUUACUGGGCGAUGAAUCGAUUGCCUAUGGCAACAUUGACCUCAAGCUCUUCUCGUACAAUGCGCGAUUGGGCAUGAGUGAUUAUCACGCCUUUGCCGGACCAAUCUUCCUGCGAUUGCAGCAUGCCCAGCAGCCCAGAUCACUGGAGGAGAGCCACAACCAGCUGUCGUCGGAUCAGCCAGCGCCCGCUUCUGCCAUCGGUGAUGAGCGGCUAAGUGUGAGCAUCGAUGAUGCAGCUGCUCUAGCAGAGUUGGAGAGAAUUACGGAACGGCGACCGGUGAGGAAUGAUUUGCGAGCGAUUGCCAUGCGAAAGAUUGGCAGCGGUCCCUUUAAAUGGUCGUCGAUGAGCAGCGUGGAUGAUGCCAAUCACGAGGGUCAUCCCGACGAGUUUAACUUUGACAAGGUGUCGCCAAAGUGGUCCUGGUAACCCAAACCGUUCCCUGGAAUUCUUACUUGUUAGUGUCGCAAUUGCCACUGCAAAGCAAUAAGAAUGCCUUCCCCUCGUCCCCUCUCAAAUUCGAAAUUUAAGAUUCGUCUGAAUGUGUGUUCCUAGCUGAUAACUUGUCGUACGUAGUUAAAGUAAAUUAAAUUGUGUUGCGUCCAUA